AAAAUAACCACUCUCCAUUCAACAUGCUCAUGCUUAAGAUGAAGAGAGCACAACAGCUACUACCUCUGCUUUUCGUAUGGCUUUUAUUUGCUGCAACUCUGCACUAUUAUAGCCUCAUUCCCACUGCUCAACCAAUACGCUCAGCCAAUUUCAAGAGCAGCCAUCCAAACAACAAGCUCGGGGACAAAAAUGGAUACUUUCAUGCAGCUUCAGGGAAAGAGAUGAAGAUCCAUAAGAAACCAUCUGGACCAAACCCGAUUGGAAAUCAACACCCACCAUCAAGGCCUUGAAGUGAUAGAUGAGCUUGUUUAUGGACAAAAUGUGUUUGUUAGAGGUUUGAAAUAUGUACUAAAUAGAACAACUUCAUCUCUGGGGUAUUGUAUCUGCAAAAAAAAUUAGAAUAUCUUUCAAGGUUCGCUUUA